AUGGAAGCGAUUCAAAGCAUGGUCGAAAAACCGUUAAUAUUCCGAGAACUAACCCCCAACCUUUCCCCAGGAUGCGUGCCCUCCAGAUACAUCCUGGCGGUGCUGGGCUCUAUAGGCAUGGCGAUAGUGUACGGGCUGAAGGUGAACCUGUCGGUGGCCAUGGUGGGCAUGCUCAACCACUCCGCCAUCGGGGGCGGCGGCGACCAUGGUGUGGGCGGCGAGGAGUGCGCGGCCACUGAUGCUGGUCAUGUCGUGGAGGAGCCGGAUGGUCCGUUCGCGUGGUCCGGUGGGGUGCGCGGGACAGUGCUCAGCUGCUACUUCUGGGGAUACCUCGUCUCGCAGAUACCUGGUGCCCGUAUAGCGGAGCAGUUCUCAGCCAAGUGGGUGAUGUUCUUCAGCGUGUCCAUCAACGUGGUCUGCACCCUCCUCACUCCGGUGAUGGCGAACGCGCACUACAUAGCUGUAGUGGUCAUGAGAGUCGGGGAGGGGAUCGGUGGUGGAGUAACAUUUCCCGCCAUGCACGUGCUGCUAUCGAAGUGGGCGCCUCCCGCCGAGCGGAGUGUCAUGGCGGCGCUGGUUUACGCGGGAACGUCGCUGGGAACUGUCAUCUCUAUGCUGAUGGCGGGAGUUUUGACAGCCAACUUAGGCUGGGAGAGCGUAUUCUACGUGAUGGGCGGCCUGUCCCUGAUCUGGUGCGUGCUGUGGGCGGCGCUGGUGCAGGACUCGCCGCAGCAGCAGCCCUUCAUCAGCCAGGAGGAGCGGACCAUGAUCGUGACGUCACUGGGCGGGAAGACGGAUGAGGGUCCGAAGAAGAAGCUGCCAGUCCCGUGGCGCGCAGUCCUCACCUCACCCGCAUUCCUAGCCAUCCUGGUGAGCCACGUGUGCUCCAACUGGGGCUGGUACAUGCUGCUCAUCGAGCUGCCCUUCUACAUGAAGCAGGUGCUGAAGUUCAACAUGACCGAGAAUGCCGUAACAACGUCUCUGCCGUUCCUCUCGCUGUGGCUGUUCAGCAUGGUGCUGAGCAAGCUGCUGGACCACCUGCGAGGGAAGGGAGUCAUCACCACCACUACUGCUAGAAAAGUUGGAACUCUUUUCGCAUCAGCAGUGCCAGCCGUCUGCCUGCUCUCUCUCUGCUACGUGGGGUGUGCGCGCGGCGCCGCCGUGGCCCUCACCGCCAUAGCUAUCACCUGCAUCGGAGGCAUGUUCUGUGGCUUCCUGGCGAAUCAUAUUGACAUUGCGCCCAAUUUUGCUGGGACUCUAAUGGCGUUGACGAACACGGUGGCGACCAUUCCCGGCAUCAUCGUGCCCCAGUUUGUGGAGAAACUGACCGACAAGAACCCAACCAUAUCAUCCUGGCGAAUCAUAUUCUUCGUGACAAUCGGCUUGUACGUGGUAGAGAUGGUAGUAUACUCUGUGUUCGGGUCGGGCGAGCAGCAACCUUGGAAUAAUGACGGCGAGGCGAAGAGUGAUUCUACUGAGACCGCGCCGCUGAGCGACGCGGAUGAUAAGAAAACGGCUGAGGCUUGAAUCUUUGCGGAAAAGACGAUCUUUUAAUCAGGCAUGUCUAAAAUUUAUUGGAAGUAGAUAAGUUUAGGUAUAGGUAUGAUGUAUUUUUUCAACUUGCUUAUUCAACCAAAUACUGAUAUGCAAAUUGCAUGUAGUCAUUUCUACUGCCAUUCGUGUAACGGCCGCCAUUUUUAUAUAAUUGUUUAUCCGCGUUUUACUCAAAAAUUAUUUAAUUUUGUACCUAUAUUUUUUAUUAACAUUUUGUACGAUAACCUAUCCAGUCGCUUUACAGACAGAGAAGUAUUAAAAAUAUCGUAAUAUUUUAACUUAGCAUUUGUACUUUGGAGAAGAUAAAAAGUUUUUUUGUAAGCAGAAUUUUUAUUUAAGAAUAAUAUUAGUAUUUAUGUAGCUUUGUUAAAAUUAAGAUUUUUAUGUAAAAG